AUGGAGGAAAAAGGAAGAUACGUUCGAAUCCCAAGUUGUUCAGAUAGUGAACAUCAGGAAUCGGACAUUCUUAAAGACGACGCAUUCCCAGAUGACCGGAGUUAUGAAACCAAGGAAAGCGAACGUGGUAAUGAGAGCAACCAGGAGGAAAGCGAAGACUCUCUGACAUCGGAAGAUUCGGUUUCAUCGACGACUUCGUGCGAAUCUAUCGAAGUGGGUAGCACUGGUGACGUGAGUUGCUCACAGGAAAACCGAGAGCUCCCGGAGGAAGCAGGAGAACAACCGCGAAACAUUGCUGAGGAGCUUGACCGUAUGCGGCGAGUCAUAGAGGACUUAUCUCGAAAGCUGAGUGAAUAUGAAAAACCGAGUGUUAGCCGACCUAUUGUUGAAGAUAAUUGGAGUACUUCACAUGACGCAAAUGACCGCACGGAAGGUACUCAGGCUGCCAUCAAAUGGGAUCACAUUAAACCUUUUCCCUCUGGCAUUCCUGCUAAUAAGAUGUGGGAAGAGUGGAAUCGGUUUAUUGAAAAUUUUGACAUUGCUGCUUCCCUAGGAAACGCCGGCAGCUCAGUGCAACGUUCAAAAUUGCUUUUUCUGUGCUUGGGACAAGAACUACAAGGUAUCGUGAGAGCAGCAAAGCUGAAGCCGAGCCUAACUGAACCUGAUUGCUAUUCAACCUUCAAGAACAACAUCCGGAAUUAUCUCCAAUCCAUGACGGACACUGCGGCGGAGCAUGAAGCGUUCGCCGCAAUGAAGCAGGGACCAGGAGAGUCUGCUAUAGCUUACCAUGCCAGACUUCAGGAGAAAGUGAGAUUAUGCGGUUAUAGCCCCUCCGAUCAAGAACGUUUCGUCAGAGCCCAGUUGCUAAAGGGACUUCGAAAUAGAGACUUGUCUAAAUCAGCACGGAUUUAUAACUACGAUAUCAACUUCAUCGUACAAUCAGCGACAAGGGAGGAAGCUUACGAUGCUGAAACGAGCCAACCCAGUGGUUCCGAUAUUGCCAUCGUUCAGCGAAGUAAUUGGAAACGGUCAUCCGAACCUCACCGGAAGCGUGGGUGGGAUGGCACUCGAAAUGAUCAGCAUCAGUCAAAACGAUACCGUGGUCCCGAUAGACGGUUCGAAGAGCGUCGCAGCCGAUGUCACCGAUGUAACCGCCCUUCACAUAAGCCUGGAACAAUCUGCCCGGCUCUGGACAAAACCUGCAAUGGUUGUGGGGAUCGUGGACAUUUUAUUGCGACGUGCCCAAAGCGACGCAUAAACAACCUGCAGAGAGAUUCGGACCGAGUAAAACCGUCUGGUUGGACUGAUGAUGAAGGAGAAGAAAACAAAAAGCAAGUGAAUGCAUUAUCCCUAAACGAUGUUCUGGUUAACUGUAGCGUAGGGUCCUCGAGCUCAAUAACAUUCCUUAUCGACUCGGGGGCCGACGUGAAUGUCAUCGGCGGUGAGGAUUGGAAGCUACUGAAACGAGAAUUUCAUCAGGGACAGGCUAACCUUCAUCCGGUGCAGCCGUCAAACGGCGGGCUACAUCCCUAUGGUUCCCAAAAUUCAAUAAAAAUCGAUGCAGCGUUUAAGGCAAAAAUCAGCAUGCAAGGAUUACCUCAACAAUCAAUCGAAACUCUGUUUUAUGUUGCAAAAGAAGGACGCCGAUCAAUACUGAGUCGGUCUACGUCGAAUGACAUGGGGUUGCUACACGUAGGCUCAGCUGUCAACAACUGUGAAGUCGCAGAUAGCUUAUCAGUUUUUCCUAAAAUGCCAGGAGUUAAAAUAAAAUUUAGUGUGGAUAGGAGUUUCGCCCCUAUCAAAAAUGCGUAUUACAAUGUCCCCGCUGCAUUUAGAGAGGGAGCGCGGAAAAGGCUACAGGAAAUGGAAACACGUGGCAUUAUCGAGCGAGUCACGAAGGCACCGGACUGGAUCAGCGGUAUGUCGGCUGUUGCCAAGGGCAAGGACGAUUUCCGAUUGGUCGUUAAUAUGCGAGGGCCGAACAAAGCGAUCAAUCGGGAGUACUACCGACUACCGCUGUUAGAGGAAAUGAAAAUCAAGCUCCACGGUUCUUCUUUUUUCUCGAAGCUCGAUUUAAGUAAUGCAUACUAUCACCUAGAGUUAUGCAACGAGUCCCGAGAUCUUACAACCUUUCUAACCGAAACUGGUAUGUACCGUUUCACGAGAUUGAUGUUCGGCGUGAAUUGCGCACCCGAAGUGUUUCAGCGUGAAAUGGUGCGUAUUUUAGGAGACAUCAGAAACGUGAUAGUAUACAUCGAUGACAUAUUGAUCUUCGCUGCAAGCUUAGUAGAUCUUCGCAAGACAGUAGCGGAAGUAUUGCAAGUUUUAAGGGCCAAUAACUUGACCAUCAAUACGAAGAAGUGUGAAUUCGACAAAACACGCAUUAGUUUUCUGGGCCACGAAUUGGAUAGUGAUGGUUUUCAUAUCGAGGAAGCGAAGGUGAAGAGUAUUCGGUGUUUCAGAGAACCAACUACCAUUUCGGAAUUGCGAAGCUUCUUGGGACUUGCUUCCUUUGUGAGCUCUCAUAUACCAAAUUUUGCUGAAAUUGCUAGCCCUCUCUGGCUCGCUACGACCCAAUGGAACUGGGGGCCUCAGCAAAAGAGAGCUUUUGAUGAGGUAAAGCAACGUAUAAUACAAUGUACAAUAGCUCAAGGUUUCUUCUCCUUACAUGAAAAAACGAUCUUAUUCACCGAUGCCUCACCGGUGGCGUUAGGUGCCGUCCUUAUACAAGAGAAUGAAAACCAUAUUAGUAGAGUAAUUUCAUUUGCUUCAAAGGCACUCACUCCAAUCGAGAGAAAAUAUCCACAGAACCAACGAGAAGCUUUGGCGGUCAUCUGGGCCGUGGAACAUUUUUCAUAUUUUUUGUUGGGAAGACGUUUCACACUUCGAACAGACGCCCAGGGAGUGACCUUCAUCUUGAACCGUACACGUGAAGACUCCAAACGAGCGCUGACCCGCGCAGAUGGUUGGGCUCUUCGACUCAGUCCUUACGUUUACGAUAUCGAAUACGUUCGUGGCAGGGACAACAUUGCGGACUCAUCGUCAAGACUGUACAACGGCAACGAUCCUCCUUUUGAGGAAGACAACAGCCCCUGGGAGAUUGCUUCACUUGAAGCAAAUGUUGUUGGAUUUCUAACACACACCGAGAUAGCGGAAGAAACUGCCAAAGACGAGACACUGCAACUCUUAAUACAAGCCCUAAAAUCAGGAAAUUGGCCUUCACAUCUCCGCCAGUUUCAAAAACUUGAAAACGAUCUUAGUAAUCGCGAUGGCGUUGUUGUUAAAACCGGAUGCGUGGUUGUCCCAGAGCACCUUAGAAAGAAAGCUCUCGAAGUAGCUCACAAAGGUCAUCCAUCAGCAGCAAAAAUGAAAUCCAUCCUGCGACAGCGUGUUUGGUGGCCUAAAAUGGCUACAGAAGCUGAAAAAUGGGUAGAAACCUGCGAAACCUGUGCUGUAAAUGGACGUCCUGAGAAACCUACUCCAAUGAGGCGCAUAUUCGCCCCCAAAACUGUUUGGGAGUCCAUCGCGUUAGAUUUUAAUGGGCCAUACAUACAAUUCGGAGGUAUUUCUAUCAUCGUGGUAGUAGACUAUCGAUCGCGAUACUUAAUUGCCAAGCCGGUGAAAUCAACUAGUUUUCAUCACACGAAACCGGUACUAGAAACGAUUUUUGAACGCGAGGGUUUCCCUGCAAAUAUCAGGACUGAUAACGGCCCACCGUUUAACGGUAACGAAUAUAAGAGUUACUGUCUUGAACGAGGCAUUAAAACAAUCUACACGACCCCACUGUUCCCUCAGCAAAACGGCCUUGUGGAAGGUUACAUGAAAGUAAUCAACAAGGCAAUGUCAUCGGCUGCAUCAAAUAAAACUAACUUUGUUGAGGAGCUUCGUGAAGCUGUUGAUGCUCACAAUUCAGCGAUCCAUCGUGUCACAAAUAUAGCACCUGAGGAGAUCAUGACUGGACGAAAGAUUAAACGGAACCUCCCACUCAUGCAGCACGAAAAUAUCAGCAUCGAUAACGAAUUAUUGGACCAACGAGACCGCGAAGCAAAAUUAGAAGCUAAGGAACGUGAAGAUACGCGACGAAAUGCACGGAAAAGCCGUGUUGGGCCUGGUGAUGUGGUGAUCGUUGAACGGGCAUCUCGAGCAAAAGGAGAAACCCGAUUUUCCCCAACACGUUAUACGGUAGUCGAAGAACAUAACGGUAACUUGACAAUAUCCAAUGAUACAGGCAUAAUCCGAAAACGACACAUUUCGCAAACGAAAAAAGUCCAUCCGUGGCGCAAAGCAGACGAUGAGCAAAACUCAGAACAUCAGCACUGUCAUCAGCAAAACCAAAACAUACAACACCAGCUGCGACCAAUGAGAGAACGGAACAAGCCGGGAUACCUAAAAGAUUACGUAGAAGUAGUUGAAAUCGAAAAUUCCAAAUAA